AUGGAAGUGGGAUGCCGUUUUUUGGGGCAAGGCCGGCAAGACAGCAUCAGCGUUGAGAGCUACAGCCAGGCGCUUCAGCCAACGACGGCGGUGAACGCGGGCGGCAGCUGGAGCUUUGACUGUGCUGGUUUCACGGAGGGCAAGUACGAUGGCUCUGUGACGGUGACCUGUGGAACUCUGGGCAGCUACGCCAGCAUCCAGAACGGCUGCACUGCGAAGCAAUGUGUGGCAGGCGCUGGCUUCAGCGCUUCGGCCUCCAGCCACCAGGGCUCCAGCACUUUGCCUGCGGAUAUCGCGCACCAGGGAACCAGCACCAUGGAUUGCGUGAACUUGCACGAGGCGCUGCGAGGCAGCUUCCAGCUCUCCUGCAGCUAUGGGGAGUUGUCCGUGGACACGUCGGCAUGCUACGUGGUAUGCAUGACGACCAACUCUGGACAGGCAAUCUUUGGCGGCAGCGUCCACACAGUCACGCCGAGUCAGGAGGUGCCGGACGGCCAAAACUUCUCCGUGCCCUGUGUGGACCUGCUGGCUGGCUGGCAGGGGGCGGUGGUUGCCCACUGCAACGGCGGCUCUGUGAAUGCUGAUGCCUCUGGCUGCACGGGUUUGCCCUGCGAAGCGGGGCAGAGUUUGAGCGUGGCGCUCUACGACCAGAGCCAAGAGGUGGCGCUGUCACAGGAUCUGUUGCACGACACGGCGGAGACAGUGGCCUGCUCCAGCAUCAACAGUGAUUAUGAAGGCAACUUCCAGCUGAAGUGCUUUGCAGACGUGCUGCAGCUGGACAAGAGCGGGUGCAGCUGCCAGGCGCAGGCCUGCAGCACAGCUCCCUGCGCGUCCACGGACACCUUCAGCCUGCCGCUGACUGGCGUGACAAGCCCCGUGCCCAUCGGACAAGCGGUUCAAUCCUUGGAGAUGGUGACCCUGAGCUGUGAUUCAGUAGCGCCGGGACAUGACGGCAGUCUCGCUGUCUUCUGCAGCGGAGCUGUGCUCACGCCGAAUGUCUCUACCUGCACGCCGCGCGGUUGCUCAUCCAGCACCGCAGCUGCAAGUGUUGUGGUGGGCGGCAUCUCCUCUCAGGUCCUUGCGACUCAGGCGCUGUCUCAUGGGGACACAUUCAGUGCGGCCACGUGCUCCAGUGUGAACUCGGGCUACUCCGGGGUUGUGAAUGCCACCUGCUACCUGGGCAGUCUUGUAGUGAAUGCUGAUGGCUGUCAUCCAUCGCCCUGCGGCGUCGGCAGCAGCGUGACCCUCCAGCUGGACGCUGUGAGCCGCGUACACUCCUCGCAGGCGGAGACAACACAUCAGGGAUCUUACGCCGCCGAGUGCAGCAGCCUGGACGCGGACUUCUACGGGUCCUUCCAGGUGGCGUGCAACUACGGCGUGCUCACUGCAGACUCCUCCACGUGUAUCGAGAACCCGUGCUUGAACACGUCCUUCGUGCAGGCUAAUGUUGGCGGCAGUCUCUUGACGCAGCACCCACCUUCUGAGGUGGUCCAUGGAAGUGUCUGGACUGCUGCAUGUGCGGAUGUGAACUGGGACUAUGCGGGGCCGUUGCACAUGAGCUGCGACAAGGGCCAUGUUGGCUUUGACAACAGCAGCUGCGUCCUGGUGGAGUUGGGCUGUCAGACCACAGGCACAGGGCAAAGCAUCACGGUGGACAACUACACCUGGGUGCUGCUUCCUGGACAGGACGUGGCCAAGGGCGAAAGCUUUCAGGUGGACUGCGCGAGCAACACGGAGCAGAAGUUUGUCGGCGAGAUCCGCGUGACCUGCGGACGCCUGGGCAACUACUCCAGUGUGGAGAACCUGUGCGUGCCCAAAUCCUGCUCCGCAGGAGUGGACCUGAGCGUGAAAUACAGAGGACUCGAGGGCACAGUGACCACGUCAGCCGGCUUGGCGCACUUACAGACGGAGACCACCACCUGUGAAGCGGUAGACGAGGUGCUUCGGGGCGAUUUGAGGCUGAAUUGCCAGUACGGCGAACUCAUCGUGGACACGUCUUCCUGCUACAUGGUUUGCCUGCCUUCCCGGCCAGCAACUGUGGUCUUCGCAGGCACCAGCCACUCUCUGGCGACACCACAGGAGAUCGUGGACGGCAGCGGCUUCUUCAAGGCCUGCAGCGACUUGGCCAGCGGCUACCAGGGAUCUGUCUCGGUACUGUGUAGUGCUGGGGCUCUGGCGGCGGACGUCUCCGCGUGCGAGGGAUUGCCCUGCGCUGCGGGCACAGCCCGAACGCUGACGCUCUACGAUGCCAGUGCGAACCUUUCCUUGUCGCAGGAGCUGGCCAGUGGCAGCGCGGAAUCCUUCGACUGUGCCGGGGUGAAUCCCGACUACGCUGGCACGGCGCAACUCAGGUGCCAGGCGCAGGCCUUGCGCCUGGACAGCAGUGGUUGCAGCUGCCAGGCAGAUGCUUGCAGCUCCGCACCAUGCCAAUCCUCAGACAGCUUCUUGGUCGAGCUGAGCGGCGUCCAAGCCGCGGUCGCCGUGGGUGAAGUGGUGCCGUCCCUCACCACGGUGACCCGGAGCUGUAACUCCGCGGUGGCUGGCCACGAUGGCGACAUGACAGUCCUUUGCAGCGGAGGUGUGCUGCAUCCGGACACUUCUGGCUGCUCCCCGCGUGGAUGCAGCUCGGCCACCGCGGGCAAGCAGGUGGUGGUCGGUGGCACUGUGGCCCAGAUUUCCAGCCAGACCCUUGCCCAUGGCGAGCACUUUGUGGCGCAAACCUGUGCCUCGGUGGACCCUGGGUACCAGGGGGUCAUCAACGGCAGCUGCUACCUUGGCAGCCUUGUCUUGAGCGACAGCUGCGAGCCAAAGCCAUGCGAAGACACCAUCAAGUACGUGACGCACGCAGGUCUGUCGCUGCUGGCACGCCUGAAUGGCGUGGCUCUAGGCAGUAGCUCUCCGGCACCCAGCGGGUUCCAGGGCACCGGCGCCUGUAGCCUCUUCGACGAUCGGCUGAUCGGCACGUUCAGCGUGUCGUGCCUGGCGGCUGCAUACAGCCUCGACCUGGGCAGCUGCUACUUGAACACCUGCGACGUGCCCAGUGCCGCCUUUGCCCGGCUGGGAACCAGCGCACAGGCAAUCAGCCUACAGGCAGGCCUGGCAGCGGGUGGUACCGAGAGCUUUGAUUGCGCGGAUGCGAGCCCUGACUACAGCGGCCAGGGCCAGCUGGUGUGCGUGGACCAGAAGCUGUACGCCAGUACCUCCUCCUGCAGCUGCAGCGGCACUUGCGUUCAGAGCUGCAGUGGUCGCUUCCCUGCCCAGCUGCAGGAGCUUUGGACGGUCUAUCAUAGCGCCCUGGCGGAGGGUCAGACAGAAGCAUUGCCUUGCCAGAACUUCAGCGGCUUCACGGGUGACGCGGUGGCCAGCUGCACCCAGGGCGUGUGGAGUGUGGACACCAGCAGCUGUCUGCCUGAGAACUGCACGGCAGGCUCCUCCACAGAGAUUCAGGUUGGGUCUCGCUUCUUCCAGGUGCAGGCCAAUGUGGAGGUCCGAAGUGGAGCGUCUUGGACAUUGCCGUGCGCGGAUUUCGACACCGAGUACGAGGGCACGGUGACCGCGAGCUGCGCGCGCGGCGCCUUCUCGGCGAGCGCCAGCUGCAAAGAGUUGAGCUGCGGCACGGAGAGCAGGCAGCUGGUGUUCAACGGCUCCGGCAUCCAUGUGGAGCUCUCACCCAGCACGCUGGGCCUUGCAUCCACCUCCACGCCCAGCAACUUCUCCGCAUCCGUAGCAUGCACAGCUUUGGCACCGGCUUUGGAUGGGACUGCCAGCGUGGUGUGCUACAAGGGUGUCUACACAUUGGACUCGGCCUGCACCGCUCGAGGCUGCGGCGGCGGCUCGAUGAAGACACCCAUGGGCAGCAGGGAGAUCACGGUGACUGUGGAUCAAUCCCUGCCCCACGGCGGGAACACCUCCAGGUCAUGUGCCUCUAUCAUGGGCGGCUGGACGGGUACCUUCUACACCGAGUGCAACUUCACAGAGCUCGUGCCUGACAGUGCUGGCUGUGCUCCAGGCAUCUGCACUGCAGGUCAGGUCGCGACAGUUGUGGUCGGAACUACCAUCUCAUCCACAGCCAUUGCCAGCGACAUGCAAAGCUUCGAGGCGAUGUCGAAGAACUGCUCCGAGUUCGACGGGGGCUACGAGGGAGCACUCAGCAUCAGCUGCGAAGCCACAGUGCUCUUCACCGACGCCACCAGCUGCAGCCCGGUGGUGCAGCAGGGGCAGGUGGCCCAGGCGGUGAAGGUGGUGGAGAGCGCUGUGGCCUUCGCGCUGCCCGUGAUUCAGGGCGCCAGCCAGGCGGAGCUGCAGGCCGCUAUGGACACUCCGUCCACCAAGCGCGCCUAUGCUCUCACCCUGGCUGCCAGCUUGGGAGUGCAGAAUGUAGAGGACGUGAUCGUGCUGGCCAUUCAGGUUCUGGAAGCCGUCGCGGCCGGCCGGCGCUUGUCCGAUUCGGCACGCCGGUUGGCAGGCAACUUCGAAGUGAACGUGAACUUCCAGCUUCGGACCAACUCGGACCAGGAGUUUGCUUUUCAGAAAAGAUCCAGAACCUCGGCAGCUCCAACUCUUCUGAGCAGCAGACCUUUGCAGCCGCACUGGGUGCUAACCUGGAGGCCGCCGCUGCGGAGGAUCCUGGAGCGGCCUCCGUGCUCACAGAGGCGGCCCAGGCUGUGA